AUGUCCUUGACAAUACCCCAGCCCUCCCAGGCUGGUCUUUUCAAGCCGGGAUACAACAGUUACGACGCGGAAGAUGGCGCGGUCAUCCGCAAUAUUGACGCUUGUCGCACCAUUGCACAGACCGUUCAGACCUCGCUGGGACCAUACGGCCGAAAUAAAAUCGUCAUCAACCAUCUGUCGAAGAUGAUCCUAACCUCUGAUGCGGCCACCAUCCUACGUGAACUCGAGGUGGUGCACCCUGCAGCCAAAUUAUUGGUCAUGGCCAGUCAACAGCAAGAGGCGGAAAUGGGUGACGGCACCAACAUGGUCAUCGUGCUGGCUGGAGAGCUGCUCAAAAAGGCCGAAGAAUUGAUCCGGCUGGGGCUCAAGACGAGCGAUAUUGUCUCGGGAUAUGAAAAGGCGCAGGCCUUUGCGUUGAAGACGUUACAAGAACUUGAAGUCGACAGUAUUGCCGACCUCCGGUCAGCCGAAGAAUUGCGCAAAGCCCUCCGAACCGUCGUCGCCUCCAAGCAGUCGGGAUCAGAAGAUGUUUUAUCCAAGCUAAUCGCCGAGGCUGUGUUGGCCGUGUUGCCCAAAAACCCGGCCAACUUCAACGUGGACAAUAUUCGAGUGGUGAAGAUCAUGGGAGGAGAUUUGUCUUCGUCGAGGGUCGUGAAAGGCAUGGUGUUCGGCCGCGAGCCCGAGGGCACGGUCAAACGGGCCAAAAAGGCCAAAGUCGGCGUCUUUUCAUGUCCCAUCGACACUUCUCAGACCGAGACCAAAGGGACGGUGCUUCUACAUAAUGCCAAGGAGAUGAUGGAUUUUUCGAAAGGAGAAGAAGCCCAGCUGGAAGCAGCCAUCAAGGAACUUUACGACAGUGGGUUGAGAGUGGUCGUGGCCGGCUCGACCGUGGGCGAGCUGGCCCUGCACUAUCUCAACAGAAUGGGGAUACUAGUCAUCAAGAUCCAGUCCAAAUUCGAACUCCGCCGACUCUGCCGGGUGUGUAAUGCGACCCCUCUGGCGCGGCUAGGUGCCCCCAUGCCGGACGAGAUGGGCAGCAUUGACGUUGUUGAGACCACCGAGAUUGGCGGUGACAGAGUCACGGUGUUCCGCCAAGAGUCGGACUCGGCCGUGACGCGGACAGCUACCAUCGUCCUCCGUGGUGCGACGCAGAAUCACUUGGACGAUGUUGAACGGGCAGUUGACGACGGCGUCAAUGUCAUCAAAGCUGUCACCAAAGACUCACGCCUUGUGCCCGGAGCCGGUGCGACAGAAAUGCAACUCGUCGAACGCAUCAGCCACUACGCCGACAAGACCCCCGGCCUUGCGCAGUACGCCAUCAAAAAAUACGCCGAGGCAUUCGAAGUGAUUCCGCGCACACUGGCGGAAAGUGCCGGGCUGGACGCCACCGAGGUCCUCGCCCGACUGUACACGGCGCACCAACAACGUCUGAACUCGAGUGAGGUGAAGGGCCGACAAUCAAGCAAGCCCCAGGAUGAGAGCGACGAUGAGGAGGCGUCUGAUGAGGACGAAGACAGCACCUCUACGUCUGGCACGUCGGAUUCGGAAGAGCCGUAUUGGACUACUGGCGUCGACCUCGAGGGGUCGGACGCCACUGGGUUGCUGGAUGCGGUGGAGGAGCAGAUCCUUGAUCUUCUGGUGACCAAGAGCUGGGCCAUUCGACUCGCGACCGAGGCAGCCCGAACCAUUCUUAGUGUUGAUCAGAUCAUUGUUGCCCGCCAGGCUGGUGGGCCGAAGCCGCCGGGGCCGAAUCCCAACUGGGACGAUGACUGA